AUGCUGCGGCUCUCGCUGCUCGUCCACUCCCUCCUCAUCCCUCUAACCUCCGCGCGCAAGUCAGACGGCGGCACGGUUUGGGCGACGCCGCAUGAUAGUUACUCCUCGUCAAUCGGCGUCCUCGGGUGCAAAGUCAACACGAAUCGCAUCGCCUACUGGCCGUAUUCCGUCGACUGUAAUAACAUCUGCAUCGCGCUCACGUACCAAGGCCGCACCGUGCACCUCCUCCGCGUGGAUCAAUCCCAAGGCGCCUACGACGUUAGCUACGAUGCGUGGAAUUACCUCUACACGGGCUACUCUGCCACCGACAAGCCCACGGCCGGCGGUCCCGUCGAGAUGACAUACUCCAACGUCGAUGCAUCCAAGUGCUCCGAUUUAAUACAUACAAAGAAGAGCAGGUUGCCGCUCAGCGCAGCGAAUAGCAUGAACUUUUUAACGUCGUGCCUCGAUCGGAAUGAGAGUACGUGGGUGGGCGAUAAUUACGUUCUUUACAAUAUUCUCGACUCGAUAUGUACGCUUGGACAUGAUGAGACGUGUGAGUUGGAUUAUCCGGCGCAGAACCAGGCUAAGUGUCCGCAUACGAUGGGCGUGCCGGAUGAGUUGAAGGGGGAGGCGGUUGUUAAUAUUCGGUAUCCUAGUGGUGAGAAGGUGAGCGCUGCUGAUGGGAAGCCAGUGGAUGAGGAUGGUGCGAUGGAGUUGAAUAGCCCGGCUUUGGCGAUUGUUGUUUUGCUUGCGGCGUGUCUUGUUCUUGGGUUGUGA